AUGCUGUCAACAUCAUUUCUAACCCGCAUCUCGAGGAAUAUGGGAACUACAGUUCAACUUAUGCGGUUGUAUUCCAAACGCAUUCAAGUACCACCAGAAUGCAUUCAACUAUCAUUUGUGCGUUCUCCAGUCUUAGGUGGGCAGAAUGUUAACAAAGUGAAUACAAAGGUGGAAGCUCGCUUCAAUGUACAAGCAGCUACUUGGUUGCCAGAAGAUGUGAAAAACCGAUUAUUAAGCCAAGAGAAAAACUUAAUAAAUACAAAGGGAGAGCUCGUAAUUACUUGCAGCGAAGAACGUUCACAAAACAAAAAUAGAGAUAUCAUAUUUCGUAAAAUCCAAGAAAAAAUCGAUCAAGCCAGUAUAGCACCGAAGGAGAGAAAGUUGAGGAGAGAAGUCAGUGAUGAAGUGAAAAAGCGCUGGGUUGAAGAAAAGAGGAAGCAUUCUGAAAAGAAGCAAUGGAGAAAAGGAAAGGGAAGCCAAAUUGAGCAUUUUUCUUUUGUUUCAGGGAGACAAAUGAAUAUUAAGUUACAGGCAGAGUAG